AUGAAGCGAUCACAAAUAGCUCCUCCUGCUUCCGCUUCCGCUUCCGAUGAGGUUGAGGAUACGGAUGCUAAUAUAAACAAAGACGACAGAUUCAGUGGUCUUCCCGAUGAAGUUGUUCAUCGUAUUCUGUCCCCUCUUCCCUACUCAGAUGUAAUCCGAGUCGGAAGCUUGUCGAAAAGAUGCAGGCAAGUUGGUUCCUCCAUUCCCACCUUGAAUUUUUCUCAAUUUCCCUCAGAUUCUACAGACACCUUCGACAAGCGAUUGGAGCUGCUGGCUUCCUUGGACAACUUCUUCUCCCGCCGCCAGCUCGCUAAUGGCAAAGACAAGAUACGGUUACAAACCUUUGAUCUUGAGUGGGAGUUUCCGCACCAUGGAUUUGAGCGGGAUACCAACAUCCCAAAUUGGAGGGACAAUGAGGCACGUCGAGUUUGCGCUUCUAUUCGUAAUGCUGUCGACUGUCGUCUUGAAAAUCUCUCUGUUUUCUAUGGGAUAUGGUCGUCUGCCAACGCCAAACGUGAACCAGUUGAGUUUCCUUGUUGCGCUUUCAACUGUGGGUCUCUGAAGUCUAUAGAUCUUGAAAUGUUUGAUACAAUUAUUAAAGCUCGCAGCAUUGCUACUUGCACUGUUUCUAAUCUGGUUUGCUUGAGGUUGAAAGAAGUGACUGUGGAAGAUGGUGACGGAUUUUGUAAAUGGGUUUCGUCGGCCUGCAGAUUUCUUAAGGAAUUGGUACUCAAAGAUGUGGCUAGGUUACAAAAUAUCACCAUUGAAAGCCCGUCUUUGAAGUCGUUUCGGCUGCACUUGAUUUCGGGGUGGAGCCCCCUCCACCAUCUUCAUAUCUCUGCUGAGAAACUUGAGCGUGUAAAUAUAGCUUGCAAUGGCAGGCCGUUGGAAAUCUCUGCUCCAAAUCUUAGGUACUUGAGGAUGCAAUGGAGAGGAACCAAGAUGAUGAACAUUCGGAAUCCAGGGGAAUUUAAUCGUUUGGAAAAAGCAGAGCUUGAAGUUGUCCACAAUCAGCCCGGAGUUGAGAUGGAAACCGCAUCUCAUGAUCAGUUCCUCCUCUCUAGUGUUGUUCAAAGUGUUAAAGUUCUUGCUUUACACGACCGAUGGACUAUAACAACUCUGUCCAAGGAAGGUUGCACUGCACCACCAUUACAUAACGUUUGGUGCUUGCGAAUGAGUACCUGGAGUUUUGACGAGUUUGACAACAACCUAGUUCCAACAGUGGCCUCUCUUUUCAAAAGACUCCCUAAUUUGAAUACCUUGGAGAUUUACGUGUCCCAUUUGUUCGGAAAACCAGAACAUGGAUUUGAUAGCGCAUAUUGGCAACUCCAAAACCUGGAUUUUAUAUCCCAGCUUAAGCAUGUAACCUUAGAGUUAGAGGUCUCUGAAGGGUUUAACGACUCUAAUCUAAUCGAGUUUGCAAGGUAUGUGCUCGAACAUGCUCAGAAUUUGAAGAAAAUGGCUGUGAUUUGUGAACCCAGUCAGUCAAGGUUGAUAAGUUCGAUAAGGUCGGUCACGAGUACUUCCAAUGCCUCAGUUGUCUUUCUGGAAAAAGGCUCUAUCUGCACUUCCGUGAUUUGGCACGCCUAUUCCGCGGGAUCUGUACAAGAACUGAAUAAUCGCUUGAUCGAUCCUCUUCCUGAUGUGGCUUAG